AUGGAAGUAAACGAUACAUUGAAACUGAAGGCUUUUGGAUGGAAAAAGGACAUGAUCACUAAGCAGCCGCAUAUUUAAAAAGUCAUUAAUAACUCUUAGCAAUAUUAUCCACCAGAUGCUCACGGAGUAAUAGAUGAAUGGGACGCUUUAAUGAAGCAGUAAUAUGAUUUAAUGACAAAGCGAGAGCAGAAUCAAGCAUUGAUGGAUAAAGAGCGUAAGAAGCAGUACCAUGACUACCUGGACUGGCAGCUUAAGGAGAAGCAGAGACUCAAGCAGUUUGAAGAUGAGUCAAAGCGCAAGGACUUGAAUGACAUGAGUUAAAAUCUUCACUAGAUGGAGGAUAUGUAGAAAAGCAGAAGGGAUGAAAAUAAGAAUCUGAAAUCACUAAUGGCAAAUGAAUGGAUAAAUGACAUGGCAAAAAACAAACAGAUGAGAGAGAUGCAGCGGCAAAAGGAUUUGGAGAAUGAAAAAUAAAGGCUCGAAAUGGAACGUUCAAUGGCAACUGAUAAAGAGGCUUAAGAGCGGGCUAAAAAGAAUCAGUGGCUAAAGGAGCAAGAGGCGAUGAUCUAGUUCAAGGACUAUAUGAAGGACAAAGAAAAAGAAAAGAUGAUGAAGGAUCAUGAAGACUUCUUAAGGUAAUAAGCUGAGAGAGAAAAGAAGAAGGAUGACUAGGAUCAGAGGUGGAACAAGUUCUACAAGGACUUCGACGAGAAGCUUACAGGCAAGCAAAAGGAGUAUGAGCAAAAGUUUGUCCAGCCAUUGAAAGAAAAGGAAGCCAGAGAGCAAGAGCGUGUUAUGAGGGAGUUAGAGAUGGCCGAAAAGGCUAAGUGGGACAGAGAGACGAUGGAUUAAAUGCAUAGGAAGGAUGUAAAGAAGCAAAUAUAUGACGGUAAUCUUGAAAGAUUAGGACUUAAAAAUAUGAUGCUGGAAAAAAACAAAGAGAAAGAUAGGAUGUUUCUAGAUUAAAAACUAAGAGAAGCUGAGGCAGCUAAAUAAAGAGAUAUUGUAGAAUAAGAACAGCAUAAAAUGCAGAAAGAUGUUUAUAAAAACACACUAAUGCAGCAGAUGAACUUGAAGCAGCAAGCUACCAAAAAUUAUGGGAAAAUGACAUUUCAAGAGAAAAGACUAAAUAGAUUAGACUUAGAUCAUUACAAGAACUUUGAAAAUUCGGUCAAUGCUCUGAUACCUGGAAUCAACCACAUAAAUUCAGUGGCAAGCAGACCUCUAGCAAAAGGAGCAAUGAACUAACUGUACUAUGGAGGGACUCCUCUGGAAAAGCAAAAAGGUCACAUAUGGAUGUAGCCUAGUGCUAGCUAGUAGUAGCUGCCAACUAUUAAUAAUAUGCAAGGUGGCUUGGGGAUGAGUCAGGCCAAUUAAAUGAACAGUCAAAAUCAGUCAUAUAUGAUUGGCAGUCCUUAGAAUUAUAAUUAAAACUAGCAAAACCAGCCACACUUCUUCGGAGGAGUUCCUGGCUCAACUAAUCAGAUAUAAUCAUCUUAGGUCGUCAACAGAUCACAGUCGCAAGCCCAGUUACUCUCAAGAAAUCAGUUUGAAACUAUUAGGCAGUCUUCUCAGACUCCCUCAUUGUAGCAAUUCCAAAACAAUAGACCCUAGGUUCACAAUCCUAUACUUCAACCUGUUGAUUCAGGAAUGUAGAACCCCUACAUUAAGCGAGAGUUAAUGUCCAGCAUGAUUGUUGGAAACGCGGGCAGAGGAAGUAGUUCAGAUAUGUUUGGUAAUUAAUAAAUGAUGAUGGGCCCAUAGGGGUUCAUGCAGCCGCAGCAUUAGCAAAGAAACUCAAUGGAUAGAGCUAUGAUAAAUAAUAACAGUAAUAACAGAACUUUUUAAUGA